UUCCGAUAUUCACUUUCAGUACUAGAAAUCUAUAGCACAUGUGACGUGAAGUAUGGAUUUUUAGUAUUGGCAUUGAAUAUCGGAACACACAGUGUGUACGUUGCUGGAACUUAGCCUAAUGUGCAGUCACCUGUCAAAAUUUCGUAUUGUGUGUUUCAAACUUGUAUCUUACAAGACGUAAAUGUGUUUUAUAGUAAAAUCUAUUAAAUUUCGUAGAAAUGGUGAAUGCAGAUAUUAUACGCAAAAAUUAUCCACUUCAUUUGCUUGUUUGGUAUAAUAACUAUGUAGAACUCGAUAAAGAACUAUCUGCAAAUCAGCAUGAUAUAGAAAAGCAUGACAAUCGAGGAAGGACACCACUGAUGUUAGCAGUAACUUUAAAUCACACAGAUUCUGCUAUUGUAUUAUUGCAGCAUGAAGCUAAUGUCAAUACUGAAAAUACUGAAGGAUGGAAUGUGGUUCAAGAAGCAGUUGGAACUGGAGAUCCUGAAUUGCUGCAAUUAGUACUAGCCAGAAGAGAUUACCAGAGAUAUUGCAAUCGAGUGGCUGGUAUACCAGAGUUACUUCACAAACUUAAACAAGCACCAGAUUUUUAUGUGGAAAUGAAAUGGGAGUUUACAAGUUGGGUUCCCCUUGCAUCUCGAAUGUGUCCGAGUGAUACCUACAAAGUUUAUAAGCAAGGUAGUAAUGUGAGGAUUGAUACUACAUUAUUAGGUUUUGAUCAUGCAAAUUGGCAACGUGGCAGUCGCAGUUAUGUCUUUAAAGGACAAAAUGAUGGAGCAACAAUCAUGGAAGUGGAUCAUGAAACAAAGAAAGUUUAUGUUGAGCAUAUGAAACUUAUAGAAGAUAAUAAUAUACAUUUAAUGGAACCAUCUGAAGAAGGCGUGAUAGCUCGACUUACUAAUCCAAUAGUUACAACAUAUAUUGACACUGAUAAAAUUAGUUUUGAACGGAAUAAAGCAGGUUUAUGGGGAUGGCGUUCUGACAAAAGUGAAGUGAUAAAUGGCCAUGAGUGCAAAGUUUUUAGCGCAAGCAAUGUAGAAUUAAUAACUAAAACAAGGUUAGAACACUUAUCUGAAACGGAUAAAGCAAGAGCUCGAGUACCGAGAACAUCUUUACAAUCAUUUCUCGGUAUUACGGAAGAACAACAAGAGAGUUGCAGCACCAUUACUACUAGCGAAGACUUUAAUGUAAGUAAUCCCUGUAACAUUACUGCUGAGGAAUACUUCGAUCCAAAUGUCACUUUAAAUGGAAGAGAUAUAGGCAGACCAAAGGAAGUUAAUACAAAAAUACAAAAAUUUAAGUAGUUAUCGCGUAGAAUCGAUUACUUGACAACUUUUUCAAAGAGCAUAGCAAGAUAAGCAUGUGUGUGCUGCCCCCAGCCGGAUUCGGUCGAGAUUUUAACUGUAAGUUACCACUAAUACAAAUGUUAUUUCCCCAAAAACAUAUUUCCCAAAUAUGGUUUUUAUGGAAGUUAUGGAGGUAUAAAGAAAAACCGAAAAAAAAAAUUUCUCGAUAACGGCUUGACCGAUUUUAAUAAAAAGAUAUGUUAUAAAC